AUGCCAGUCGACAGUCCAUCAUCCGUAAUCGCUGUGGGAGCGGUAAUGCCCUCCCUAUCCAUCGUCGCCGUCGCACUACGCUUCUACAGCCGCCGCGUAAUCCACAACCCCUUUCAAAUAGACGACUGGAUACUCAUUCCCGCGCUCCUCCUCACAAUCGGCAUGGGAGCCAGUUUGAUCGCGGGCGUGAAGUUGAAUGCGCUGGGAUACCCGACUCCGUUUACGGGUGAUCCGAAUGAUCCUCUCGCGGCGCUGACGCAGAAGAAUUCUGGAAUCCGCAUUACGUCGCAGGUCGAGUGGGCGCUGCAGCUGAUGCAGGUGGUGCAGCUAGGUUGCAUCAAACUGAGCUUCACGUUCUUCUACCGCCGUAUCUUCGUUACUAGGACGACGACAUCUUUUAAUCUUUUAACGUGGGCGACUAUUGGAGUAAUUACAGCGUGGACGUUGGCUUUCUUCUUUGCGUUGCUUUUAGCGUGCAAGGGAUAUUCGGGCGAGUGGUCGGCGUGGUGGGGGUCUGUGAUUGAUCUGUCGACUAAAUGUGUUAAGACUGAGAAGCUGGAGACGGGGCUCGUGGUAUCGGAUUUCUUGACUGAUUUGUUUAUCCUCCUGCUUCCUAUUCCGAAAAUCUGGGCCCUUCAGAUGCCUAUACGCCGCAAGCUUGCCGUGACGGCCAUCUUCGCUCUCGGAAUCGUAGCCGUCGCAGCAUCUAUCGUUCGAAUGAAGUAUUUCAUUGACGUAAUCUCCAAGGGUUUCGACCCAAACGACGACGAAGAUCUAGCGAUUACCAGAAACCUCUACUGGUCCAUGGUAGAGUCCGGGCUGGGCAUGAUAGCCGUGUGCCUCCCGACACUGCGCAGUCUCUUCAGCACCAAUUCUUCCGGCUGGUUGACCAGCAUGCGCAGCAGUCUGCGAAGCAUGCUUGCCAGCCGCUCGCAGGCUUCAAAACUGUCGUCCCAGGGAAAUUCGAAGAAAUUCUCACAGGGUUCGAGUGAGGAGUAUAUUCAUAUUGUUGAUGAUGGACUGGAUACGGGGAGUAAGAAGCAUGAGAGGUAUGUGAUGGAGGAACGGAUUCCAAAGGUUAAGGAGAAGAAUUCUGGGAGGGUGGAUUAUAGUGAACGGGGGGGGUGA